CAGGGGCGGGGCCUGCUCUGAGGGUCAACUCUGAGCGCGGCUGCGGCGGAAGCAGACCAGGAGUGGAGUCCCGCAGAGCUGCAACGUUGUGGCUGAACGUAAAUAAAAAGUAUCCAUGGAGAACACUGAAAAUUCAGUGGAUUCAAAAUCCAUUAAAACUUCAGAGACAACGAUCUUACACGGAAGCAAAUCAGUGGACUCCGGAAUAUCCUUGGAAGAGAGUUACAAAAUGGAUUAUCCUGAAAUGGGUUUAUGUAUAAUAAUUAAUAAUAAGAACUUCCACGAAAAUACUGGCAUGGCCUGUCGAUCUGGUACAGACGUGGAUGCAGCAAACCUCAGGGAAACCUUCACGAGCUUGAAAUAUGAAGUCAGGAUUAAAAACGAUCUUACACGUAAAGAAAUGUUGGAAUUAAUGAGCGACGUUUCUAAGGAAGACCAUAGCAAAAGGAGCAGUUUUAUUUGCGUGCUUCUAAGCCAUGGUGAAGAAGGAAUCAUUUUUGGAACCAAUGGACCCGUCGAUCUGAAAAAAUUAGCAAGUUUCUUCAGAGGGGACUGUUGCAGAAGUCUGACUGGAAAACCCAAACUUUUCAUUAUUCAGGCCUGCCGAGGCACAGACCUGGACUGUGGUAUUGAGACAGACAGUGGUUCUGAGGACGACAUGGCCUGUCAGAAAAUACCAGUUGAGGCAGACUUCUUGUACGCAUAUUCUACAGCACCUGGUUACUUUUCCUGGCGAAACUCAAAGUACGGAUCCUGGUUCAUCCAGGCUCUUUGUGAGAUGCUGAAAAAGUACGCUCACAAGCUCGAGCUCAUGCACAUUCUUACUCGGGUUAACCGAAAGGUAGCGACAGAAUAUGAGUCCUUUUCCACCGAUUCUGCUUUUCAUGCAAAGAAACAGAUUCCUUGUAUCAUGUCUAUGCUCACAAAAGAACUGUAUUUCUAAUCACUAAAGACACGGAUGAUUUUUGUUUCUAACUUGUAUGCCAAGUGACCAAACGGUGUAACUGAUACUAUAUUUUCCUCUCACCUCUAAAUCUAACCUAAUGACCCAGGUGAUAACUUUGAAACAUGCCGCCUUCCUAGCAAUAGAACUACUGUGCAGCUACCUCAAACACAGUUGGGUAGUUGAGACUGAGUUUAAUGAAGAUGGAUCAUGGAAAUCAUUAUGAGAAGAAAAUGACUGUAAAUUAGCAGUUCUCUUAAUUACCGAGGUUUAGUGCUGAUGCUAUGCUACACAUUUUCAAGCAAUGAUGGAAAAAGUUAAACACUGCAGUAGUGUAUUUCAGUCAUGUGGGUAUGCCACUGUAUCAGGGAACAUGCCAUGGUUUUUGUCAAACAAUAGCAGUGACGAUAUGGAAUGAGGUAUCCUAGAACUCGGUGGUCCAUACGUGUGGUCUAAGACGUGAAGACCUUGAUCUUAAGACAAUGGUAUUUUUACAUCACCUGUUUGAGCUCAUGGUUUUGUGAUGUUUGUGCUGAGCAUAUCUUUGCUGUUUAAAAGAAAUCAUGUUUUAGCAUUGAAAAAGAACUAAAUGUUUUACUUGGGAAGGUGUGAGAAAACUAAGUUGACCCUGAGGGUAAAUGCAGCAAUCAUAAAGGGCGACGGAUUGAGGACUAUAAGGUGCUGAAAUGUAGCUGUUCCACCAGCUGCUGGGCCUCAUGUGCCUGCAGAGUAUCUAAAGGGCUCUUCUGUCAAAACCUCAGACUUGGAUCACACUGAUAAGAGCGUGAGUUGAAGAAAUUCUGUAGGGACAUACUAAAACACAACUUCAAUAAACAGUGGGGUAGAAGGGAGAAACAGUCAGUCCGUCAGCUGGGCACUCCAUAAUUAGAAGAUGAUUCGAGCCUGACCAUGGACACUGCGCAGUCUCUGUGUGGUGGGGUCAGAGCCAUAGAUUACUGCUUCAAGAAAAAGAAUACGGGCUAGAUUCUUCACAGCUACGGGUGUGAGUGGAAGAUGCUCCCAAGGCAAGAAGCUCCAAGAAAGUGAAUCAAAUUAAACUUCUGAAAUGGAAAUUUUCCAAAGAGGGUAAGAGUCAUCAUAAAAAUCCUAGCCCUCUAAUUUUUAUUUCAAAUGAUGGCUUUUAAUUGGAUGUUAAAGCGAAUUCUUAUCUGCCUUUCUGCAGAUAGUCCAUUUUAUAAAAUAGACUUGACAUCACUACCACUGAGUAUCAGUCCACUUCUUACUUGACGCUGUGGGGGAGGAGGUCUGCAGUUUUCAGCUUCUCAGGAAUUGCGUAAAUUAAUGCUUAAGUACCUGAAUAUGGUUUACAAAAGGCUCUGAGUGUUUGGGGAAAACACUAAGGUUUCUCUUUCCCCUUCAUGGCUAACAAGGUCUCAGUCACCUUUGCUACGCAUGGGCAUGGAUGUGCCCAAGUGUGCACCUCACCACGGAACUUUGUCCAGGAGCUACGGUUCUCCCAAAGAACAAGUCCUGCACUCCAGAACAUCCCUUUCUGCCAUUCCUGAAUGUCAGCCCGUAAAAGCAAUUUCAUUAGCAUUUCCUCAUUUUCCAGUGUAAGCAGUGAAUGUGGCCUAAUGGUCUGGACCCUCAUCCAUCCUUUGCAGAAAAUGGGGAAAAAAAUCAUAGCACCCUUGGCAGUAAAAUUUUUGAGCAUGUUAACUUUUAUUCUGUUAAUGUUUACAAUCAAGGGAGAAUGAUACUGUUAUGAUCACAUACUUUUCUCUGAAAUGCAAGAAGCAGGGCACCCAGGACUUGAGCAGGCAUCCAGUCUUCCCUGCUUUGGUGCCCAGGGAAACUGAAGGCCAGAGAUGGGACACAGACCGGGAAGGCUCUGAGCCUGCUUGCUCAGGAGGUGCUGAACCUUCUGCAUCGCUGUAACCCACUGGUUCCCAUGAGCUUUCUUGUGCUAAACAACGGUGCUCACAUUUAUAAAUGAAAGCUCUUUGUUUUGAUUGUGUCUGUAACUUUUUCUGAGUGAAUGAAGCAUGCUGUGGGAUCAGAAGGUAUGUUCCUAUGUGACAAUUUUGUAAAAAGUUUGUUAUUAUGCAUUUCUAUUUCCAAAUACAAAUUUUAAUUUAAAAUGA